AGAGGGGGAGCCUGGGGGGAUGUAGCACUUCACCCCUCUCGUUAAGGGUGGAUUUUUAGACCAUUUUUCCUCAGGAUCAUGGACCAACCCCUAAGCCAAAGGGGGUUGAGGAAGUGACCUUCUAUGUGAGCGAAUAAUCCGAUAACUGUCAUCUGUGGGGCUUUUCGCUUUUCCCUCUAGCAGGUGAUAGUGCGAGUGUCAGACCCAGGAUACUGGUCUAGAUGGCCACUGGCUGGUCAGGUUUCUUCCUUUUAUGUGUGGAAUUAUGUAAAGUAAAAACUAGGAAAGCUCUAAUAGCUCAUCAACUGAGAUUACUUUAAGAGCAAGGUGCAGCCACCCAAGAGAGGAUGAGAAGGGGAAUAAAAUGAUGUUACCCUUGUUACUGGUUGCAAAGCCACAAAGGAUGGAGCCAAAUGCAGGUAAUUCAUCCAGAAUCUUUUAAACUGUAACACAUUGAGCAAUUUGCAGAAACAUUCUCUGUGAUGCUUGAACAAGAAAACUAAGAUUUGCCAAAAUGUCCGAAAGAUCAGAUAUCCUUCACUUCAAGUUUGACAAUUAUGGAGAUUCAAUGUUACAAAAAAUGAACAAACUGAGGGAAGAAAAUAAGUUUUGUGAUGUCAUAGUUCACAUAGACAAUGUUGAGGUUCAUGGGCAUAAAAUUGUGUUUGCUGCAGGCUCCCCCUUUUUAAGAGAUCAGUUUUUGUUGAAUGACUCCAAAGAGGUUAAAAUCUCCAUUCUGCAGAGUUCAGAAGUGGGGAGGCAGUUGCUUUUGUCCUGCUACAGUGGCAUUCUGGAGUUUCCUGAGAUGGAGCUGGUAAAUUACUUGACUGCUGCAAGCUUUCUUCAGAUGAGCCACAUUGUGGAACGAUGUACACAGGCUCUCUGGAAGUUUAUAAAACCUAAGAAGCCAUUGGAGAGCAAGGAGGAUUGUGAACAGCAAAGUGCUUCUUCUGAGUUGAAAGAACACCAGGGAGAUGAGGAGACUCUGCAACGGGAUUCACUGUGUAUUCAAACCUCAGAAGACAGUAUGGACAUGGAAGAUAGUGACAUUCAGAUUGUCAAGGUGGAAUCUAUUGGGGAGGUAUCUGAGAUUAGAAAUAAAAAAGAUCAAACCCAGUUUAUUUCUUCUGAACAAACUGCUUUACAUUCAUCAGAGCCUCAGCACUUUUUAAUCAAUUCCACUGUGGAAAACAGAACGAGUGAAAUAGAACAAAAUCAUCUCCACAACUAUGCCCUUUCUUAUGCUGGCAGUGACAAUUUCAUCAUGGCCUCUAAAGACAUGUUUGGUCCUAACAACAGAGGUAUAGACAAAGGUCUCCAAUGGCACCACCAGUGUCCCAAGUGUACCAGAGUAUUCCGGCACCUGGAAAACUAUGCUAAUCAUUUAAAAAUGCAUAAACUAUUCAUGUGUCUGCUGUGUGGUAAGACGUUCACUCAGAAAGGCAAUCUCCACCGACACAUGAGAGUGCAUGCAGGGAUCAAACCUUUUCAGUGUAAGAUCUGUGGGAAAACUUUCUCUCAGAAAUGUUCUUUACAGGACCAUCUCAAUCUGCACAGUGGAGACAAGCCUCAUAAAUGUAACUAUUGUGACAUGGUCUUUGCACAUAAACCUGUUCUGAGGAAACACCUUAAACAGUUACAUGGAAAAAAUAGUUUUGACAAUGCCAAUGAAAGAAAUGUUCAAGAUAUAACAGUGGACUUUGAUUCUUUCAGCUGUAGCACUGCUACAGACAGUAAGGUCUGUCAGCAAGCUGAUGCAAGCCAGAUACUGGAUGCAGGGAAAUUGGCUCAGGCUGUGCUCAAUUUAAGGAGCGAUAGCACCUGUGUCAAUUAAGCAUUCCAAGCAGCCCUUUGUAGGCAUCAUGAAGAAAGGAACAAAAGGUUGGAUUUGGGUCUUCACCAAAGCAGAUGGUAUGCCCUGAAAGGUUGUGUAUAGAUUGAUUUAUAAAACCUAGCAAGUUGUCAGCCUUCUUUCUAGUCUUGUCAUUUUCUGUGACUAAUAAUCCUCAUACAGGGUUUCUGUCUGUGUCCCUACUGGUGAGCAUGGGGUUAAAUUUUGGAUUUGUUACAUUUCGGUUCAUUUAAUCUGAUUUGGAGACAUGGGACUGUCACCUUUUGAAGAACUCUUGCUGUGGGCAGUCAUCAAUUAAACUAUGUGAUGUACAGUUAAGGGCCUGUGUAUGUCUGGGCAGAUAGAAGAAGCAACAGAGAAGAUGAGUCUAUGAGAGAAAACCUGACUUUUUCAAAAAGCACUGGAUGAUUGAGAGUUAUGUAGUUCAACUGCUAAUUUAUCUGUUAAAACGUCACUUAUUUGCCUUCCAAUCUUACCCAAAUCCCUAAAGUUAAAAUUAAAUACUUUUUUCCAUGUGUCCCUUUUUUGUCCCUUUUAAACUAUGUAAUUGAAUUUUCUCUGCUAAUCAGCCCUACCCCAACCAAUAGCAACUUUCAGGAUUAUUAACAUGGAUGUAUGUUUAUAAAGAGCUAAAGCCCUGAAUGAUCUAGGUGGCUCAGGUAGAUUACAUGGUACUGUUUGUAAAGAAAAUACAUUUUUAGAAUAUGAGGCUGAUUUCCUAAGGUCAGGGUUUGACUUAUUUGUUGAUGUAGGGUUACUGAGGGUGUGCUUUCACAGCAUAAUUAGCUCAGGUAAUAACUGUAAUGCUACCCCUAGCUCAACUCCCAUCCACACACAAUUCUCUAGCUCAAGUUAAGUGGUGCUUUAAAUUCUAGCUAGCUAGUUGGGAGGGAGGGAGUUUGAAACUUAAGUGAUGUUGAUGCUAAAGUUAGUAACUCUCUGGGGAUGCAACAACUUGAGUUACAACAAGCAUGUAGAGGACAAUAAGAGAAUAAAUACUACCCAAUGAGGACGUCUCAAAAAUCCAUGCCAAACCAAACUAAUUUCCUUCAUUGACAGGGUUACUGUCCUAGAGGGAAAGCAGUAGAUGUAUUCCCCGCCCCUAGCAUCUUGAUUUUCAGUAGGGCUUUUGACUUAGACUCUCAUGAUUUUUUUCAUAAGAAAACAAAGGAAACGUGGUCUAGAUGAAGUUACUGUAAGGUGGGUGCAUAACUGUGGAAAGACUGUGUUCAAAGAAUAGUUAUCAAUAGUAGCUGUUAACUGGGAGACAGUAUCUAGUGGGGUUCCUGCAGGAGUCUGUCUUGCAUCCAGUACUACUCAAUAUUUUCAUUAAUGACUUGGAUAAUAUCAUGUAGAAUGUGCUUUUUAAAUGUGAGGAUUACCGCCAGACUGGCAGGGAUUGUUAGCACUUUGGCGGAUCAGAUCAGAAUUCAAAAUGAUCUUGCCGAGUUGGUCUGAAAUCAACAAGAUGAAAUUGAGUAAAGUCAAGUGUAAAUUUAGGAAUAAAAAAUCAAAAGUACAAAUAUAAAACUGGGAAUAACUGGCUGUGAGUUUAUACUGUUGAAAAUGAUCCAGUAGUUGUAGCGGAUCACAAAUGUAAUGAAUCAACAAUGUGAUGCAGUUACGAAAAUGGUAAAUAUCAUUCUGGGGUGUAUUAACAGGAGUCCCAUAUGUAACACACAGGAGGUAAUUGUCCCACUUUACUCAGCGGUGGUGAGGCCUCUGUUGGAGUACUAUGUCCAGUUCUGAGCAUCUCACUUUAGGAAAGAUGAGGCGAAUGGGAGAGCAACGCAUUUUAUAGAAGGUUUAGAAAACCUGACCUAAAAAGGGCAUGUUUAGUCUUUAGAAAAGAAGACUGAUGGGGGGAUGUGAUCAUAGUUUUUAAAUGUGUUGAGAGAUGUUAUGGAGAACAAUGUCCACUUGAAGGUAGAACAAAAAUUAAUCAGCUUAAUCUGCAGCAAGGGAGAUCUAGGUUAGAUAUUAGGGAAAUUUUCUAGAUAUAAGCUGUAAUGAAACAGGCUUCCAAAGAAGGUUGUGGAAUUCCCAUCACUGGAAGUUUUAAGAACAGGUUAGACAAACAUCUGUCACAAAUGUUCUAGGAGGUUUACUUGGUCCUGUUUUCAGCACAGAGGGCUGGACUAAAUGAUCUUUUGAGGUCCUUUUCUGCCCUACAGUUCUAUUAUUCUAACUCAACAGCAACUAAUCAAAUCAGGCUGUGAAACGUCGGUAUUGCUUUGAAGUGUGGUUGCUCUCACUCAAGCUAGGCUAGCUUGAAUGCAAUAACUAAAGCAUGCUAACUUGUAGUAAAGACAAGCACUAAAGGAUCACCUACCACUGUAUGUACUAAGACAUAGUAAAGACUUCAAAAUAAAAUUAUUGUUCUGUCUCCUAUAAAUAUUUCUUCACAUAAACCACAGCAAUUGUGACCUUCAUAUUUGGUUUUAAAGUACAGCUGGAGUGGGGAAUAUUGCUUUAUUUAUGACAUUGUGAAAAGAAUCUCUUUCAGCAGCUGAAAUGUGUAAUUCCAUGCUUUUUUUUUUUUUUUUUUAAACUCUUCCUAGACCUCUACUAGGAGCCAUAUAUAUCAGUCAACGGGGGCGGGGGGAACUACCAUACUGAUGUAGACCCUGUAUAAAGUUAGAUCAUAGUCUUUGUUGGAUCCUAAAAGUAUGCCCUUCAUCUUGAAAAGUAGACUAGAAUUUAGUUACCACCCUACAUAGUUCAUGAAUCCUAGAGCUUUACAAGGUAAGAGUUUAGAGUAAGAUACAGGUGUCAUUGGCUGAAGAUUAAUCCAUCAGUUAUUGAUUGUGCUCAGCAAUAGCUCUUUUACACAUCUUUGAACCUCAGACCUAAAGGGAAUGGAAUGUUAACUGGGAGUUGAGAUUAUGCUGUACUUGUUUUGAAAAGUGUCAUGGAAGUUUUAAUCUAGAUGGCUGCCAUCCUAGUUGGAGUGAAAGGACCAUGCUUUAAUAUCUCAUCUGAAGAAUACUAUUUACAGAAGAGCAGCACUCUUACUGAACUGAAAUGCAGUGUGGUCUAAUAAUCUACUGCUUGACCCUUGGUAAAGAACCGCUUUUCACAUUUGGAUCAAGUAUUACUUCUAAUGCACCUGUUUAAGUCUAGUACUGUAACAAUGCUAAACUAAAAUAUGACCAAAGCAUUUUAAUGCAGAAAAUAAUGUAUAUUUCAUUAUAUCAAAAGACAGCCUUGGCCUUGAGAAAAGGGGCAUACAAAAGUCAAAAGUUCCCAAAACAAGCUUUACAGUGAAUGAAGUGCUAAUGUUGCAAAAUGUUAUGAAAGGACACAGUCACCUUUUCAGGUAAAAAGUUUUAAAUGGCUGUAUUUGCCUGUUUUGUGUACAGUUUUGGAAUAAAUAAUGGGCAGUGGGGAUGGGGAAACAAAUAUAGCAGAUUAAUUUAGUUCUGAAAUGUAACUAUUUUAGGAAAGUAUUUCUUUCAGAAUCUUGGUUCAGUAACACCUUGCAUGGAGAAAUAAAUUAAUUGUUUAAAAGAAAAAACCUGCUUACAGAACCAUCUUGAGCUGUUACCCCAUGAUGAUUAUUCUGCAAUAUUGCACGUGGAUCUGAUGUCAGACAGAAACUUCUAUAUUGUUCAAACAUUUUGAUACUAUAAUAUUCAUUUUAUGAAAAAUGGGUUAUCAUAGAUCUAAUGUGGACUAGAGACAAAGAAAAUCUUGUCAAUGCUUUUUUCCCUGAAUUAAGAAUUAAAAUGGAGCCUGGCACUAUUGUUAUAAAAUCUAUUUAUACAGACUAUCCAAAGGCAACUUUGUUAUAGAAUAAAAUGAACUUAAUACGUA